UGGAUGCCCCGCCCACACAAUUAUUUUGAAGUCUUGGCACUAGCGAUUUGGUGAGUCGAGGCAGCGCUUGCCCCAACACACAACCUACGGCGCCCGCCACCUAUACCCCUCGACCCUCCGGCAAUCUCUACUCUCGAGUACAGCAGCCAUGUCGCGCUUUUUCGCCGCCAGCGACAGCUCCUCGGAAGAGUCCAGCGAGGAGGAGCUCUACUCCAACGAUGAGGCUUCUGAACAGGAAGGCUCCGACGUCGACUCCGACGACGACUCUGACGACUCCGACUCCUCCUCUGGAUCUGAGACCGGUGCCGCCCGUUUCUUGAAGGAUGUCGACAGCGAGAGCGAGAGCGACGACGAGGACGCGAGCAAGGUGCUCAAGAGCGCCAAGGACAAGCGUUUCGACGAGCUCGAAGCCGUUGUCAGGCAGAUCGAGAACGCGCAGAGGAUCAACGAUUGGGCUGUCAUCUCAGACCAGUUCGACAAGCUGAACCGCCUGGUGCCCACGCUUAUCAAGCAGAAUGAUGGCAAGGUUCCCAAGAUGUACAUCCAGGCCAUCGCCGACCUUGAGACCGCCGUCCUCGAAGCCCACGAGAAGCAGAAGGUCACCCCCAAGAAGAUGACCGCCCCCAACCAGCGUGGUUUCAACGCUAUUCGUCAGAAGGUCAAGAAGCACAACCGCGACUACCAGAGGGACAUCGAUCUGUACAGGGAGAACAAAGAGGAGUUCAUGAAGGAGGAGGAGAUCGUCGAGCAGGCACCCAAGGAGAAGAAGAAGAAGGACAAGACCAGGAUUGCCCAGCUCGGCACCGAGACAGUUAUUGAUGCUGGCGACGAUGGUUUCGUUACCGUUGGAGCCGGCGGCAAGGCCGUCUUGUACACCGCAGAAGGCAUUCUCAAGCAGUUGCGAUCGAUUGUUGAGCAGCGUGGACGCAAGAACACAGACAAGCUCGAGCAGAUCCGCACCAUGGAGAAGCUGUUCGACGUUGCUGUCAACGACUACCAAAGAGUCCGCGUUCUCCUCACCCUGAUCUCCACCCGCUUCGACCUGACAUCCGGUACCGCCAGCCACAUGCACCAGGAGCAGUGGAAGCUGGCCGAUCAAGAGUUCGGCAAGCUUCUCCAGAUUCUCGAAGAUAGCAAUGAAAUCGUUGUUGUGGAGAAUGCUGAGGAGUGGGAGGACGACGAGAAGACACCCACCAUCGAGGACGGCCAGAUUUUCAAGAUCCCCGGCAGCGUUGUCUCUUUUGUCGAGAGGCUCGAUGAUGAACUCACUCGUUCGCUCCAACACAUCGACCCUCACACAGCCGAGUACGUCGAGCGUCUCACAGACGAGAGCGCACUGUACGCUCAGCUUGUGCGCACGAUGAUCUACGUUGAGAGCCUCCAGAAGAAGGAGGGUAUUGAGAUCCCACAAGACUCGGCUAACCGCGUCGUCAUGCGCCGAUUGGAGCAUGUCUACUUCAAGCCCUCAUCUGUUGUUGAGAUCCUCGAGAGCAAGACAUGGGAGGCAAUCCCAUCCCACCUCGAUUCCACAACCUCUCCUCGUUCCAUCGCCAGCGACACAACCUCUAUUGUUCAAACACUUUGCACAUACCUUUUCAAGCACAGUGAGGGCAUUAUCCGCGCGAGAGCAAUGCUCUGCCAGAUCUACUUCUUGGCUCUGCAUGACCAGUAUUACAAGGCUCGCGACAUGAUGCUCAUGUCCCAUUUGCAGGAGACGAUUAGCAACUUCGAUGUCAACACUCAGAUUCUGUUCAACCGCUCGCUCGUACAAGUCGGUCUCUGUGCGUUCCGUGCCGGCCUUGUCUACGAGGCACAGACUUCGCUUCAGGAGAUCUGCGGCAGCAACAGGCAGAAGGAGCUUCUCGCACAGGGUCUGCAAAUGCAGCGUUACUCGCAGAUCUCGCCCGAGCAGGAACGUCUCGAGCGCCAGCGACAGCUCCCCUUCCACCUUCACAUCAACCUCGAGCUGCUCGAGUGCGUCUACUUGACCUGCUCCAUGUUGCUCGAGAUCCCUCUCCUCGCACAGCUUGGCUCCUCGCCUGACCUCAGGAAGCGCGUCAUCAGCAAGACCUACCGCCGCCUCUUAGAAUACCAUGAACGCCAGAUCUUCACUGGUCCUCCGGAGAACACUCGCGACCACGUUAUGCAGGCCUCCAAGGCUCUGUCGGCCGGCGAGUGGAAGAAGGCCGCUGAGUUCAUCAACAGCAUCAAGAUCUGGGAACUCAUGGCCAACUCGGAGCAGAUCAAGGACAUGCUCUCCGCCCAGAUCCAGGAGGAGGGUCUGAGGACUUACCUUUUCACAUACGCGCCCUACUACGAUACACUCGCUGUCUCCACGCUGGCCGAUAUGUUUGAGUUGAGCGAACGCAAGAUUAGCGCAGUCGUCAGCAAAAUGAUCUCGCACGAGGAACUCGGUGCUGCUCUUGACCAGGUCAACAGCGCCGUGAUCUUCCGCAAGGGUGUCGAGCUGUCUCGUCUCCAGACACUGGCCCUCAGCCUCUCGGAUAAGGCAUCUGGCCUCAUCGAGUCGAACGAGAAGACACUCGAACAGAGAACACAAGGCACAGCCCAUGCCUUCGAGCGACAAGGCGGACGCGGCGGUCGUGGAGGCCGUGGUGGAGGCCGUGGCGGCCGUGGAGGCGGCGGCGGGCCGAGGGGAGGCAGGAAUCAGCAGUUCACGGGCGGUGCUUUGGGACGCGCCAUCCAGGCUUAAACGGUGGCCGACAAUGCUAUUUAGGUUUUCAUGGGCGGCGUUUGAUCGGGUGUCGCUUUUUUGGCAUGGCAUCCCGUGGUAAUGCAAUGGCAUGAUGAUUCGAUAUGAGCUGGGGACUGUGGCGAGGAUCUGUUAGUGCAUACCAAGUAGAUUACGAAUUACAUCGGGAAAAGUUCAUCCUA